AUGAUAACUAUUCUUUACGGAUCGGAGACCGGUAAUGCUCAGGAUUAUGCCGAGUUCUUGACUAAGCGUCUUCGCUACUACAAGCUAAAGCCUACAGUCGCUGCGCUUGAUGACUACCCUUUGAAGAACUUGAUAACCGAGACCAAGGUGCUUAUAAUUGUGUGUUCGACCACAGGUCAGGGAGAGCUACCAAGAAACUCCAAAAAGUUCUUGAAAUUCAUUCUCAAAAAGAAACUCCCAUCGGACUUUCUCGAUCACAUCUCGUUGACUACCUUUGGGGUAGGCGAUUCGCUGUAUCCACAAUUUAACUACGCUAUAAAGAAAAUUCACACUAGGCUUAUGCAGCUAGGAUGUAAGGAGCUCUGUGGGAGAUGCGAAGCUGACGAGCAAUCCUCUGAAGGUAUUGAUGGGUUUUAUACCGAGUGGGAAACCACCGUUUUGAAGUCCUUGGGAGUAGACGUAGAAAGCGAGGGCAGCAAGGAAGAAGUUUUGUCUGAACCAGACAACAAAGUGACGAUUCAAGAAGAAUGUGAAGACGUCCUUGUUCCUGACUCGGUGGAGUUUGACAGGAAGGGUGCACUGCUCCUUAAGGGAACAGUGAAGCAGAAUGCUCGAAUCACUGCCAGUGACCAUUUCCAAGAUGUUAGACACAUCGUCAUCGAGCUGGACCUGGAUAUAUCCUAUUACCCUGGUGAUACGAUAUCGCUCUUCCCAGUAAAUGAUGACAAUAGCGUGGAACUCCUUCUUCAACUGCAGCCACAUUGGAUCCCACUAGCUGACAAGCCGUUGAAGAUCUCUGGAUCUCCGAAGACUGAAGGUGGUCUUACCUCCAAUUUGACGCUCCGCCUGCUUCUUAAAUAUCAUAUUGACAUCAUGUCCAUUCCUCGAAGAUCGUUUUUCAUGACUCUUUGGCAUUUCUGCGAUGAGUCUACCGAAGAUGGUGAAAGAGAGAAGGAAAAACUAAAGGAAUUCAGUAGCUUUGAAGACGUAGACGAACUUUAUAAUUAUGCAAACAGGCCAAGGAGGCUGAUCUUGGAAGCCAUCUUAGAAUUCCAAGCCAAUUUGAACAUACCGGUCGAAUACAUAUUUGACCUAUUCCCAAAGAUAAGACCAAGGCUAUUUCUGAUAGCGUCCUCCAACAUCAAAGAUACCGGCACCAAAAACAGACGCAUAGAACUUGUAGUAGCAGUUGUCGAGUAUAAGACUAUGAUCAGAAGGAUUAGAAGGGGUUUAUGCACCAAAUGGCUCAAAACUAAGGUUGCUGGUUCCGAAAUCAUGUUCAAGAUCAAUAAGUCCAACUUGAAGUUUGACUUGCCCAGCGAAGAUCCCCCAUCUCCCACUACGGCUCUUCCUAUAAUUAUGGUUUCGCCGGGUACAGGAAUUGCACCUAUGAGGUCACUAAUAGAAGAAAAGAUAGCAUCGAAUAGCCCGCAACCAUUGUACUUAUUUUUUGGGUGCAGAAACAAGGAGAAAGAUGCAUUUUUCAACGACGUAUGGGAGGAUUUACAAGAGCAAAAGCUUCUAAACUACUUCCCAGUUUACUCUAGGGAAGAGGAAGACGCCAAAUGCAAGUAUGUGCAACAUAAAUUGAUCCAGCAGGCAAAGUUGGUUGGCGAGCUAAUAUUAAAUAAGCGUGCCAUUGUGUUUAUAUGUGGAUCUAAUGGCUCGAUGCCAAGAGAGGUACGGAUUACUUUGGUGGAGAUUUUAAAGAAGAUAGGUAACUUAACAGAAGAAGAAGGUACGAAGUACUUGGCCGAUAUGGAAAGAGAUAAAAGGUAUAUUCAAGAAACGUGGUAA